UUUCUUGCCAGCUAUACUUCACUACAGAACAGACCUUAUAUUAGAGAAGUGAACAACGUGAAUGCAGGUGCUUGAAUUAGUUUCUGCAUCAAGAUACCACGUACAGGGUCCACAGGGUCACAGCAUUGUUACCCUUCAACCAGUUUAUGAUGAAGCGCUCUCUCUUUCUCCUGUGUUUAACAGGUGUUGUCCCAGUCAUCCUUUCUCUUCUGCGACCGGUUUCUCGCAAAUAUAAUCUAAUCAAGACUACGGUAACAUGGACAGCUGCACAGAAUUACUGCAGGGAAACAUACGAUGACCUGGCUACAAUUGAAAGUGACAAUGACUGGUUCAAAUUAAAGAAAACUUUGUCAAGUGAACCCUUGACAGAUGUUGCCUGGGUCGGCUUGUACAAUGAUAUUGACAGCUGGAAAUGGUCCUUUUAUGAUGUCCCACUGAAAAAUACUUUUGAACAGUGGUACAGUGGAUAUCCUGAUUAUUCGAAUGGGAAAGCAACAUGUUGUCUAACAAGCCCAAGAGUACAGUUGUACAAUAACCCUUGCACAUCAGUUUAUCCUUUUAUUUGCUUCAAUGCUAAUAUCAGUGCUGCUGGCAGAUAUGUUGGCAUCACUUCUUCAAUGACCUGGAGUGAUGCUCAGACCUACUGCAGAAGGUUUUACACAGAUUUGGCUUUUAUAAACAGUACAGCAGAUUACAACCUGGUGCAGAGCGUUGUAUCUGGUUUGGGUUGGUCUUGGAAUGGUGUUUACAGGGACUCAUGGAAGUGGUCAGAUGGGACAAACACAUCGAGCCUCAUGUGGCUUGCUGGACAACCGGAUAAUUCUUAUCUUAAUGAAAAUUGUGGUGUGCUUGAUAAUGGAUUUUCUUUCGAAGACAGAAAGUGCAAUGAGCUCCACUACUUCAUCUGCCACACCACUCAUCCAGUGCGGGAACGGCAAACAGUAAAACUGAAAGUAAAGUUUGAUGAGAGUGUGAUUGAUUCAGCAAUGCAGUCGGACAUUUUAAAGUUGAUCAAGAUGAAGCUGGAUGAAAAUGGCAUGCUGCAGAACACCACAGUAACCUGGAAGGUGCAGUCAGAUGGACAAAUCUUUCACAAGUUUAAGAAAAAAAAUGAAGAACUCUAGAUGCUAGUUCUGCUAUUUAUUUCACCAGAAUAAUCUUUUCAUUAUUUAUACAGUUUAAUGCACUGGGAUUUGAAUUUGCAUAGCUCAGUCUGUGUGUAGGUCAUGGUUGUGGUAUAGAUUAAAAUCUUUGGCAUUUCAAACUUUUUAAUGGUUUUUAAUGGGAUUUUCUUCUUCUUCAAUUUUUUCAUGGUUUAUUUCAAGUAAAUUACGACUUGAUUGUAUAUAUGUUUGUAGAGACCUUGUGUAGAAGCUUGUGGUUUGGAAAGAAUAAAAAAAAAACAUACUUUGAAUUUAAAUGUGUGUAAUAAUUAAAACACUGACUUUAUAUAUCUCAUAAAUCUUAAGAUAUUUGUUCCAGAUGUUCCUGUGUAGGAACAGUAUUGUAUGAUUAUCAAAAUGAAAA